CAUGUCUUCACCUCCCGCCAGUAUCAUUGCGGCCCCGUCUGCACCGACCCUCAAGCUGCUUGUUGAUAAGAAGGCCAAUCGCGUCCUGUACGCUGAGGCCGGAAAGGAUGCUGUAGACUUCCUCUUCAGCCUCCUGGCGAUGCCAAUAGGCACCGUAGCCAAGGUACUUCAGACCGGUAGUGAUGGGUUUGGUGUGGCCAACAUCUACGCUAGUGUCCAGAAAAUGAAUACCGUGUACAUGCAUAGUAAGAUCGUUCAAGAGGCUCUCUUGAGCUCAUGUAGGCCCAUGUUCCUUCACCGCCCUACCACAAGACUCCCAGCGGCACCUGCGCUGGUGCCUAAGAGCAUGUCGAUAGAUGUUGCACGUGACUUCUCUCUCUACGGGUCUGCCGUAGCCGGCGGUGGGCACGUGCAAGGCCUGGUUACUUACUCUGUCAUGGAUGACCUCACCAUCGCGCCCAUGUCCAGCAUAUCUGCAGUGGUUCUGAUAAACAAGCUGAACAGGGAAGGGAAUGACCUCGUGCUCGAGGAGAAGUCCGUGAAGAUUGGUAACAAAGAGGCUUUCGAUAUUCUCAAGGCUUCAAUGGAUUCCAGGACUGUCCUCACCGAUGUGUUCCUGUCUGGCAAAAAUACUGAUGUCUCCCUAUCCAAGAAUAAAAGGGCUCGUUCAUCUAGUGGUGAGAAGAAAAAAGAUAAGAUCCCGGAUUGUUAUAUAUGAGUGAAGGUUGCACCAUGUUGCCAUUUGGAUAAUAAGAGUAUGCAUUGAACCAAGAUUGGUUGUAGAGAACUCGCCAUUCAUGUAUUUGUAUGACCAAAGACUUGAGAGCAUAUAUGUAUGUAUAUGUCUGUAUGGAAAAUAAUGCUAGCAGCCUUUACCCAAGGAAAGCCUAUCAAAACCAUACAUUUUUGUGAGA